CCCAGGUGUUACUUCCUGAUGAAUGACACAGUCCUCCCUUACCCCAGGUGUUGCUUCCUGAUGAAUGACAGUCCUCCCUUACCCCUCUCCCAGGUGUUACUUCCUGAUGAAUGACACGGUCCACUGUGAGAGAGAGAUCUACUCUUCCUCUAGAGCCUGGAAGGACCAUAAGAGCUAUGUGGACCAGGAAAUCGAGGCCCUUCAGGACAAAAUAAAGAACCUUCGGGAGGUCAGGGGUCAUCUGAAGAGGAGGCGACCUGAUGAGUGUGACUGCGGAAAGAAGAGGGAGGCGGCCCAAGAGGUGGAUGGGAAGACGCAGCUGUUUAACGAGAUCAGGCGGAAGAAAAAGGAGAGGAAAGAGAGAAAGAGGCUGAAAAAUGGGGAUGACUGUAGUCUACCUGGCCUCACCUGUUUCACUCACAACAACGACCACUGGCAGACCGCCCCCUUCUGGAACCGUACGCCACUACACCGUUACUACACCUUGGAGGGUUCUGUUCUAGUUAGUAGUUAA